GUUGACGUGCGACGCGAGAGAGUUGUUGGAAAUCACGUUCGGGUCAGAGGAGAGGAGAAUGGGUCGACUGGACGGCAAAGUGAUCGUGUUGUCUGCAGCUGCGCAAGGAAUCGGAAGAGCAGCGGCCAUAGCCUUUGCCAAGGAGGGUGCACAAGUCGUGGCCACAGACAUAAAUGGAGAGAAGCUGAAAGAACUGGAUGGCAUUCCAGGAAUCAAGACCAAGCUUGUUGAUGUAACCAAAAGGGACCAAGUGGAAGCUCUGGCUAAGGAAUUUGACCGCGUGGACGUUCUGUUCAAUGUUGCUGGGUUUGUCCACCAUGGCUCUAUACUGGAAUGUGAGGAGAAAGACUGGGAUUUUACUAUGAACGUGAAUGUCCGUAGCAUGUACCUGAUGAUCAGAGCUUUCCUGCCCAAGAUGUUAGCUCAGAAAUCUGGAAACAUCAUCAACAUGGCGUCGGUGGCAUCUAGCAUCAAAGGUGUGGUGAACCGUUGCGUUUAUAGCACCUCCAAAGCCGCUGUGAUUGGUCUAACCAAAUCAGUGGCAGCAGAUUUCAUUGAGCAAGGGAUUCGGUGUAACUGUAUUUGCCCUGGGACAGUGGACACACCGUCACUCAGAGAGAGGAUCAAUGCCAGGCCUGAUCCUGAGCAGGCUCUGAAGGACUUUUUGGCCAGGCAAAGAACAGGCAGGAUGUGUACUGCUGAAGAGGUGGCCCACUUGUGUGUUUAUCUUGCAUCAGAUGAGUCUGCUUACGUGACCGGGACAGAACACAUCAUUGAUGGAGGAUGGACGCUCUGAGGAACAUAAACAGGAGGGCCUCCCAAUGGAGCUGACUCACAUUUGAAAAAUGUACUAAUCUGCUAUAGAAUAAUUGCUUCAGCUGCGCCUAACAUCACAUAACGUCUUUGUACAACCCCCCCCCCCCCC